CGGAGGGCGUGGCGAAGUUCAGCACCUCGGAAAGCGCCCCCCUCUUGUCCGCGCGCGGGUUACGCAUGCUCCAUGGGAGCCCGCAGCCCGGGCUUUGCGGGUGCGAAUAUAACUCGGGUGGCCGCCGCUGACAACUCACUGGGAGCUGACAACAGUGGAGAGAUGAAUGCGCGAGGCAGCGACGUCGACAUCGAAAGACCUCCAGGGAGUCAGAGCAAGGUAGUCGGAACUCUCCUAUCUCUCUCUUUCCUUUCAAGGGACAGAAACCUCGUCCAAGCUGCAGAGAAACCGACAAAGGUUUGAAAGAGAAGGAGGGAGCCCCCUGUAGCGGUCCUGAGCGGCAGGGUGGGUAUGGGUAUAAGCUAGUGCCCAAAAAAGGCAGUGGGGGGAACGUCUGGAUCGUACAGCAAGGACCAGAGACUCCCACCUUGGCCAGAGAAUCCUUGGAUGCCCACCGCUCGCCUCAGGAGCUGCGCUGCUCAGUUCUAGAUCUCCCCUCCAGAACAAACGCCGAGCACAACUCCGGCCCCCAAGGCUGUGUACCCCGCGCGGGGAGAGCCUUUGGCACCCAGUUCCCGGGGGCUAUCUACAGAUGCGGCUUUGAAAGCGCCCACGCACGCCCUGCGCCCUCGGGGACAGAACCCCCACAGUUCGACUCGCUUUGGUCUUCACUUCUGCCCUCCGCCCUCCCCGAACAUGACCUAGAGGCACCUGCACUUGGAGGCAGUCGCCGCAGCCACGACAGUCACCAUGAAUAAGGAGGCUGGCGGAGACGAGCUCGCAGAACUCUUUGGUCUGAUCCCGUACCUUCUGCAGGCGGCCAACACCAGCGGCAACGCGUAGUCGCUGCAGCUCCAGGACUUGUGGUGGGAGCUGGGACUGGAGUUGCCUGACGGCGCGGCGCCGGGGCAUCCCCCUGGCACCGGCGGGGCAGAAAGUGCGGACACCGAGUCCCGGGUGCGGAUCCUCAUCAGCGCGGUGUACUGGGUGGUUUGCGCGUUGGGGCUGACUGGCAACCUGCUGGUGCUCUACCUGAUGAAGAGUAAGCAGGGAUGGCGCAAGUCCUCCAUCAACCUCUUUGUCACCAACCUGGCGCUGACAGACUUUCAGUUCGUACUCACCCUGCCCUUCUGGGCGGUGGAAAAUGCUCUCGACUUUAAAUGGCCCUUCGGCAAGGCCAUGUGUAAGAUCAUAUCCUUAGUGACGUCCAUGAACAUGUACGCCAGCGUCUUCUUCCUCACCUCCAUGAGCGUGGCGCGCUACCACUCGGUGGCGUCCGCUCUUAAGAGCCACCGGACCCGAGGGCAUGGCCGGGGCGAAUGCUGCGGCCAAAGCCUGGGGGACAGCUGCUGCUUCUCAGUCAAAGCACUGUGCGUACUGAUCUGGGCCUCCGCCGCGCUGGCCUCGAUGCCCAACGCGAUCUUCUCCACCACCAUCAAGGUGAUGGGCGAGGAGCUGUGCCUGGUGCGCUUCCCAGACAAGUUGCUGGGAGGAGACAGACAGUUCUGGUUGGGCCUCUACCACUUGCAGAAGGUGCUACUAGGCUUCGUGCUUCCGUUGUGCAUCACCAGCCUGUGCUAUCUUCUGCUGGUGCGUUUCAUCUCCUACCGCCGUGUGGCUGGGACCGAAGGAGGAGCCUCAGCGGCCGAGGGCGGCCUGGCCGCAGCCAGCGCCCGGAGACGGUCGAAGGUCACCAAAUCUGUGACCAUCGUGGUCCUUUCCUUCUUCCUGUGUUGGUUGCCCAACCAGGCUCUCACCACCUGGAGCAUCCUCAUCAAGUUCAACGCCGUGCCCUUCAGCCAAGAGUAUUUCCUGUGCCAGGUAUAUGCGUUCCCAGUGAGCGUAUGCCUGGCUCACUCCAACAGCUGUCUCAACCCCAUCCUCUACUGCCUGGUGCGCCGCGAGUUCCGCAAAGCGCUCAAGAGUCUAUUGUGGCGCAUCGCGUCCCCCUCUCUGACCAGCAUGCGCCCUUUCACGGCCACCACGAAGCCAGAGCCCGAGGAGCAGGGGCUGCAGGCCCUGGCACCUCUCCACCGGACCGCGGAGCCUGACCUGGUCUACUACCCGCCUGGCGUGGUGGUCUACAGCGGGGGGCGCUACGACCCGCUGCCCAGCAGCUCCGCCUACUGACUGGGGGCAGGGGACGCAGUCACUGCCAACUGGCCUUCCCCGGAUGGGGAAAGAGGAAAGCGGAUUAGGCGAUGCUGGGGGCCCAUCGGAUGAGAGGUAGGAGGGACCAGGACUGGGAGAAGCCUAAAGGAACAGCCGGUGAAAUGGCGGGGCAGGGGAGGCCGUCUGCGGUGAGGGAAGGCUUCAACCCAGGUGGAGAGAGGACGCUGGCAAAGGGGCCGAGGUCAGACUCGCAGGAACACGCCGCCAGCCUGCGUCCCCUUCUCCCCACAUAGACUUCUUCCUCUCCUUAAGCUCUCAACACUGGGCAGGGUGAGAACGCCCAGAAGCGGAAAAAGGAAUCAGGAAUGUAGAGAAAUUGGGGCACAAGGAAGUGGAGCUCAGCCAGAGAUGCGCUGCCACUGAGCGCAUUUACUCCGGCGACUUUCACGGAGCUCUUGAAGGGGUCUUCAAAGUGCAUCCAACCGGGCGAGCCGCCCACAAAACCUUUCCUUUGCGCCUCGAGCGCGAGACCGCCACAGCGCGCCGUCUGACUUGCAGCGUGGUUGCGCAGGGGACCUAGUUUGGGAAUAAGAAACGUUUUCGGAGUCGCCAGAAAGUACUGACAAUCCCGAUCCGCCCUCCAGAGAAAGGCCCCGCGGGAGGGGUACCUCCCGUGGAGCCAUUGUAUGGUUCAUCAUCCCGGACAGAGCCGGUGGGUGUUCGGGAGCCGGACCGCGACUCUGUGCUUAGGUGUCACCGAGGCAAAAUACUUGUCUCCAACACGCGCUAGAGAUUCGCGGGGGAGUGGCGGCCCUGCGGGAGGAAGCCGGUGCAGAGAGGUGAGAGGGGCUGAAUAGAGACUUCAUCGGGUCACGGCCUCUAUAGGAAAAGGGGAGCUGACGUGCUCACUUUGUGAACUAGCAGAAAGUGAGUGCGCCAGGCGCUGGCAGCGGGGAGGUCCCGGUUCCUGGAGGGCGGAGCGGGUGCCCGGGAAACACUGUGUGCUCCAGUUUGCGCGGUGCAGGCGAGCUGUGCCCUGGAGCAACUUGACAAGUUCUGAGUAGACAGGCCUGCGGGUGGGGACUUUUCUGCAGCACUCCCCUCCCCGCCCCCACUCUUCGCAAAUCCGGACGCCCAUUUGAUAGAGGCUCGGGACCAACCAGUGGAGGGAUGGCUCCGACAAGCUUUCUGAAGGCGUAGACAGAAAACUAAGAUUAUGACUUCCAUCUACCACAAAGACAAAAAUAAAUAAAUAAAUAAACUAGGAAAUGGCCACAUUUAUUUUAUGUUUUUGAGUGCCAGUGUGUGCCAAGCCCUGUACUGGCUGCUGAGAUGACAUAUACAAGCUAGAAACAUUAAUGAUUUUGACAUCUAAAAAGAGACACAAGUCAUGUCCACAAGGCAACUAAGUCACUGAAAGAAGAGCUGAAUGUCAUAACAAUGGCUACAAGAAAGUGCAUCCAUGGGGAUGGAAAGCUUAGCUCUGCUGGGGGUUCAGAGACUUCCUCACCAAAACAGUACUUGAGAUGGACCUAGAAAUAUGGGUACAAUUUAGACGGGCAGGAAUGGCGAUUUAGAUGGGCAGCAGGGACAUAGAGAGGACAUUUGAAGCUGAAGAAAAGCAAUGAUUAAAGGUUGGAGAUUGGCCUGUCAGCUGCAUGGGGGUGGGGAGGGAGCAGGAAAUAAAGCAGUUUGGCUUCCUUUUCUUCUACAGAAUUUCCUCGGAUUUCUGUUCAGAAUUAAAUGUCCCUGUAUUUGUUUUGUUUGUCUGAGAAUGGAACAUUUUUUGUUCCAGACAGAACAUGUCGUUGGUAUUCUCAGAACAAAUACUUGAGUUCCCAAAGGUGGUUAAAGACUUUUAAAAUUUACUUCUAUCCUCUCAUUCAAACCUCCUUGGAGUUGAGUUAAAAGAGCAGAGUGUUUAUUUGAAUAUUUGAAUGAGUGUGCAUGCAUGUGUAAAAGGGGGAUGGGGUGGGUAGAUGCCCCAGGGUGGGUACUCUGGCUCCUUUCUUCAUGCCAGCAGCCCAUCCAGUGCUCUAGCUGAAAAGAGCUUCAGUCAUAAUAAAGAUCAUACCCUGUGGUAGGCCAGAGAUGACAACUCUUAACUUCUUAGGGUCCGGGUAAGAGGGUCCUCUGCUGCAGGUCACCCUCCUAGCUCACCCAUUCAUUGAUUUCAAAAUAUUCAAUCACCAGAACAGUCUUUGGAGAAAUGAUCAGGAAAUAAACAUUGAAGUCUGCAAAUAAUUCCAUUUUGAAACCUUACAGAGGUCAAAGACAGCUGGGUAAAGCAAGAGGGGUAGCUUGGUGCUGUCUCUUUUAAUAAAUGUAGGGUACCAAGUCACAUGGGGUCCUCUGGGCAUUUGCUCAUCAUCAUCCCACAUUUACGGGGAAGGGAGCAGGGAUUGAUUGUCCCUGAUCAUUCCUCUAACUCAGUCAUGACCUUGCAGCUCUAGGAUAGUUAAUGUGAAGGAGACGGAGGAGGGAAGACUGGAAGACAGACUGGUUUUGAGGGUUGAUUAUCUCAUGUAAUUUAUUGAAUACUGUAUUGAAAGUGAAAAAAAAACAACAUAGCUCUAUGGGGACAGAAUGGUUGUCAAUGUACCAGAUGUUCACCUUUAUGAUCGUGAGGCUGACGGGGAGCUAUGGCUGCCACUGCCUGGCAUCAAAAGAGAGGGUCAUAUGGCAUAUCACCUGGGAAAGAUCAAAAUUCCAAAAUUCGAAGUAUGGGUUUCUACUGAAUGCACAUUGCUGUCCAACUAUCAUAAAGUAAAAAAAAAAAAAAUUUUUUUUUGUUAAGUCCAGCUAUUGUUAAGUCAGGGACUAUCUGUCUGUAUGAGUGAAUUAAAUAUGAAUAAAUUAAUAUCAUAAAAUAAAUCAUCAGCAAUAUUUUGAGUAUUGGUGAAUUAAUGAAAAAUACAACCCUC